AUACCGCUGUAUCCUUUUGUCACCGCCAUUGGUUACUAUAUAAACCCAAACCCACAAGCGGUUUCUUGCUAACAAAGAAAAAGACACCAAAAGCAGGACCAAAGCUCUGGUUUCUGCCAUUAAAUUUUGGAUCGGACUUGGGAAUAUGAUGCAGAGUGCUCUAUUCUUUUGACCGUCAAAUGCCACCAUGUCCGCACUCCCAAAUAGUUAUACAUUCCUUGCACAUGCCAUCACGAAUGACACUUACGAGCGCGAGGGCUUCAGCAAGUUCUUCGAUUCCUGGCUUUCCGAACAAGACCAAUACCUCCAGGAACUCAUCUCUGUUUCCAAGAGAUACAACCAAAACGCCGACCCCAACAGUACCACCACCUCCACAGCCGAGUCGUCGACUCAUGACCAGGUUCAUGACCAGGUUGUGCACGAGCCUGUCCUGUGCCCACUCAUCAACCGAGUCAUUCAGCAUUACGAACAUUACUAUGGAGCCAAGUCGACGUGGGCCAAGCAGGACGUGCUCGCCAUAUUGUCUCCCUCUUGGCUGAGCUCGCUCGAGGACGCGUUCUCUUGGAUAGGCGGGUGGCGACCCAGUAUGGCUUUUCAUUUGCUCUACUCCAAGUCCGGGUUGCAACUAGAGGAACAUCUCGCUGAUUUGAUCCGCGGGCUUGGUACGGGAGAUUUGGGAGAUCUCUCGCCGAGUCAACUCAACCUGGUGGAUGCGUUGCAAAGGAGGACGCUAAUGGAGGAGAGGGAGCUUACGGAGGGGUUGGCAAAGCAUCAGGAAACGGUGGCCGACUCUUCGAUGGUGGAGUUGUCGCACGAGGUGACGGAGUUGUUGAGGGAAAGGGAGGCGGGCGGGGAUGGUACUAGACUCGACGAGGACCGAGUCGACUCGGCUCUGGCACCGAAGGAGGAGGGAUUGGCGGACAUCUUGCAGACAGCAGAUGAUCUACGGCUGAGAACUCUGAAAGGAAUCCUUGACGUUUUGACUCCAAUCCAGGCCGUCCAUUUCUUGAUCGCUGCUGCUGGCUUGCAACUGAGGCUUCAUAAUUGGGGGAAGGAGAGGGACGAAAAGGCUAGGCAACACCAUGGGAGUAAUGGGAGUGAUGAUCACCCACAUUCAUGACCAAAAUUCCAAUUCACUGCUACUAGGAGAAGAGAGUGCAUGCAGCUGAGGUACUAGGUUAGAAUUAAAGUUAAGAAUCCAGAUGGGGAAAAGGACUUCUUUAUAAAUUAUGAGUGAUGAGUUGGGUCCAUUUUUUCCUACCUUUUUUGGUAGCAUCUUAUGUCAGUUUCUUAUUUUAGGACAAGUUUUUUGUUGCAUUAGUAAAUGAUAUAUGUCUUCAAAGUUCGUUUCCUUUAUCAACUGUAUUGAAGUGUUAAACGGUAUCCCUGGUGUGCGUCUGGUUGUCAAGUUUUGAGUAUCUGAUCUUAGCUUCUUGUGUGUAGGACUGUGUUUUUGAGGUGCUGGCUGGUAUAUGUCCUGCACUUCUACGCAGGAAGAAGAAGAAAAAAUUAGUAAUGUUCUAAA